AUGUGUACAUCCACGAAGCGCCUCCUGUCUUCGUCCAAAGACACACUUCACUUCAAGCUUUGUGACUGCGUCGAUGAUCGCCUAGUAGGAAUUCUUAAGUACGACCUGAGCACUAAUUGCUUAUCAUUGAUUGAUAUGCCGCUUGCUGAUGAUGUUAUCCUCAUGGCGAUGGAGGAUGACAGUUUGGGGUUUGCACAUGUGGUUGGGUUAAUCCUCAAUCUGUGGUCAAGGCACAUGGGUUCUGACGGAGUUGCAUCAUGGACUCAGCGUACAGUCAUCAAUAUCAACAACAUCCUUCACAUUCGAAAUCCAAAGAAAAGACUUAGGCUGAUUGGAUCUGUGAAAGGCACCGAUAUCAUUUUCGUGACCACGGAUCUUGGAAUCUACAAGAUUAAUCUGAAGUCACUACAGUGGGAGAGAGAAAAGUUUCAAGCUUUCAUCCCAUACAUGAGUUUCUACAAUUCACAAGCAAGCAAUGUUGCUGAAGAGUGUAGCACGCGAACUGGAUCUCGAGCUAUAAGUUCAGUGAACUAUAGGAUAUGGGGCUGCAUGGCUAUGAAGAUCUCAUAG